AUGCUCUCGGAGGAGCCCUACGAAACGUAUCACCCGGAAUUUCCAGAUCCAGAGAUUCGACGAAUAGCUCUAAAAAGCUCGGCAGUCGUCGAGCUGCUCCGAAUCGAAUCACCAUCUUCAUUUUUCUGCCGUCCCGUCGAUCAUGUCACCGAUGAUCAAUUAUUGAUUCGCGAACCGUACCGCCUAACAACUCGAAUUAUCGAUUUUUCGGCGGGAAACAUGGCGAUGGCUCCGCUCCGGCCACGUGUAUUCGCUCGAUGUUUAAUUUUGAAAAAUUUGGAGCUUAUCGAGGCCGCCCGGAUUUUUUUCAUCGAUUCUGCGGUCACUGCUAAUGUUUCGUGGAAAUGUCUGUUUCAAAUUGAUGAAAAUCUCAAAUUUCACCCAUGGCAGGCGAUGCAUUGCACUUUGGGACGUUUGGUGCACCUUUCGGACUCAUGGACAGACACCCAGUGCACCGAAUUUCGAAAUAUUGUCUCUAAAUUUGCAAAAUUUCAAAUUACCGCCAACCAGUGUGACGUGGAUUUUCGCUCGGACCGCCCGUCUCUUCUCGUGAACCUGUACGGAUUGCCAAAUGGAACAGAAAUCGAUAAAAAAGUGGCGAUCGAGGAGAUUUGCGCGGUUUCUAUGCAAAAUGUUAUGGUCUCUCAAUUUCCCACUAAUUUUAUGGUCAAUCCCAAGCUCGAGGAGCUCGACAAAGAGCAAGACCACCUCGACGUGAUUCUUCUCGAAGAGUUCCGCCGGGACCUCCCAGCCGACUGGGCUCACGAGCCGCCUGCCGAUUACCGUGAAGACGACGCCGACUGGGAUAUACUGCAGUGCCACGUGGCAGAAUGGAAUGACACGGCACUCGAGCAAUUCCGAAGAGCCGAUGGAAGCUUUUGGGCGAUGCUCGAGCCGAGUUGCACCGUAUCACCCUGGGAAAUGCACGUUACACCGAUUUUGGCACCGGAAAAGAUGUCUGAUAAUGAACAUUGGAUUUUCGAGCAGCUCGUAAAAAACUCGGAAAAUCAGCAAAAAAUCGACGAUUUCUACUCGAACCUCAAGAAUCAGCGGCCGCUAGAGAUGGAAGAAAUAAAAUUCGCCCUCCAAACCGGCCGAACCUACGUGAUGGCAACCAUCAAAAAUCGCCAAAAAUCGUCGGCUCAAUGGCUCCGUUGCGAGAUUAUCGAUUUUUUGCCGAACGCCAACGUGGCUCUUCGCUACGUGGAUCUGGGAACACGUGGCAUCCUGAAGCUCAAAAAUUUGCACCGAAUGCACAUUGAGCACACAAAAAUCGCGCCGGCUUGCAUUGAAAUUGGCCGAUUUCUCGACGACGAUUUAUCGAUGGCCGACAGCGAAAUGGAGUGGAAUACACAUUUUUGGCGUGAAAUUGUACCCUAUGACGUGCCGAUCGUUGUCGGACCCGAUAUGGAAUUCCUGGAAACCGGCAAACUGCAAUUCUCGCAGAUUCGGGUCGCCGGCGACGAAGACGACGAAAAUUUGCUCGAUAAAAUCCCGUCGCCGUCGCCGUUUUUCACUGAACGAUCCGACGAUUUACGUACCCAGAAAGAGGAUGAUGAUGAUGGAAAUGUUAGCGACGAUAAGGAUAGCGGAUGAUUUUAUUGAUUUUUUCGCAUUUCUCCCGUGAAAAAUUGCAAAAAAAAAAUCGAUAAUCCACUUGCCCGAGAGGAGUACAAAAUCGAUAACAUAAUUUUUUCCUGUUUUUUGUCAUGUAUUUUAUAAUAUCGAUCUCCUCCUCGUUUUAACGAUCUGUUUGUUUUACGUGAACGUGUUAAAUUAUCGAUUUUUUACGAUAAAAAUCAAUAAAUCAAUAUUUAUUCC